AUGAAACCAGAAACUUUAGUUAUGAAAAUAAUAGACGCUAUGGAAACGAAUUCGCCGACUCUAAUAACUUACAACGGUAAAAAAGUGCAUAUAACCCAAAAGAUUAUCGAUAAAUACAAACAUUGCAAAGUCAGAGACGAUAUAGACUUGGAAAGAAUUGAUGAGAAUUUAACUAAAAAAGGUGGAUUUUUACCUUUCUUACCUUUAAUCUUUGCUGGUUUAACUGCAGCUGGUGCAGUCAAAGCUGCCAACGCAAGUAAAGCAGCUGCAGUAAAAGAAGCUGAAGAACGUAGACACAAUUUGGCAAUGGAAAGAGAAGCACGAGGAGGUUCGGGAAUAGGAGAUAUAUUAGGGACGGUUAAAGAAUUCGGACAAAGAUUUGGCGAAGAAACCAAGAAAACCGUUAAAGAGGGAUUAAGCAAAUUAAUAGAUAAAAUCGACACCGGAGAAAUGGAGGUUCUGGGAAAACUCAUCUCACUUUUAACAACACCAAACCUUUUAGAUUUCGAUUCUCUGUAUAUCUACACAACAACACCAGAGCAAUCGUAUUAUCAAUUUCUCAAAGCUUUGGAAUAUUUACCAAAGAAAGAUGUUCAAGACCUAUUUCAAUAUUACGAAGAAAACGAAGAAGUGGAAAUAAAAGAUAUCAUAGAUAACUACAUCGAAGGAAAGAAUCCAACGGAUAUAAAAGUUUUUCUUAUGAAAAAUGUCUAA